AUUUCUUAGAUCACACACUAUGCACCAGUUAGGGGACUCUCACUCUCUACAAGCUUACCACACCACCUACGCUUAAUCUCUGGCCUUCCUCUGCCCUGCCUGGCCUGGCUGCCUCCCCCCUCUCUUCUCUCUCCCAUUGUCCUACUUAGCCUACCAACGCCCUACACAUCACAACUCUAAAUUAUCCUACGCCGUAAAAAUAAAUUCCCCCUUUAAACUCCUUGCCAUUACCACUCUCUACAUACUCCCUCCCAACCGCCAUUCACCAUCGUAACUGCCUCCCAUCCUCCUCCCAUCCUCCAACUCUCUUGACUAAAAAUAAAAAAAUAAAAAACAAUUAAAAAAUAUUUACUACGCCCCCCCCCCCCCUCCUCUGGGAAUUCCUCCUCCUCCCCUAUUCCAAACCAAAUUCCUAAUCUCCGUUCAUAAUCAGCGCCGUGGCAAAAAAAUUUCCUACAAUCUUUUUUUUUUUUUUUUGGUUUCCGCUCUUUGUUCACGUAAAUGUGUGACAAUCCAUGGGCACGCUCCUGCAGGAAAAUACCCCAAAACGGCUGCUUAUGUAAUGACUUAGUCAUGGAGGAUAAUGAGAGGUAAAAAAAAAAAAUAAUAAUUAAGCCAGAGCCUCUCUCCCCCCGAAACACAAAACAAAGGAGCAGAGAAAUAAAAAAAAAAAAAAAAAGUUUUGGUUAGUGACGUUGAGGGAGGAUUAGUUUUGUUGCAGUGUGCAUGUUGGUGCACGGGGUAUUAAUAGGGGGGGCAGGUGGAUGUAUGGUGAGUUGAAGGGGGUCCAGAAGGGAAGGGCAGGGCAGGACUGAGAGAGAUGGGUUGAGCGAGUAGAGACUACAGAAUAAACAACAUGACGGGUGGAGAUGACCCCGUCAUUUACUCCCACCGUCGUCUGUCAGUGUCGUCGGCAUCCGUUCUCACGGUGAGUUCAUCACCUGCACAAGGUGCGUGCAGAUACUACAGCCCGCAUCGUUUUUGCUGCCGUAUCGCCCCCUGCACAUGUGUGACGAACUUUAUUCGCGCGCGCGCGCGCGCACAUUCACCUCUUUCUCUAAAUUCUCUUUUAUUCUCCAUCAUUCGAUCCUGCACGCACCGCAACCUUUGUCACUGAGCUACCCACCACGCACCACCUGCAUGAUGCGGGUCGGAUUGUCUUCUGUUUCACAUAUGCAAGGUUUGUAAGGCUGCAAAUUUUUGACUUUUUUUUGUAUUUGUCCACAAAAUAGAUAUAUACCCAUGAUGGUACGUCUAAAUGCCUUGGUCACUUUCUUCUGUAUCGAUCCUUUACAAUGAUGAUUUCUCCCUUAUAUGUCGAUCUUUAUAUAGACACAGCAUUUGGGAUCAUGGGCUCCAACUCGAGAAGGGCAUCCCCUACCACAGUCCCUACCUCUUGUGCCACCAAUAAUUCCUUCUCUGAGCCCCACGCCUACCUCCACAACUUGAUUAUCACCAGUCAACUCUCCUUACAAAACUUAUCCAUUAGUCUUUACUUUCUUUAUAAAUACAACUUGAACCAAGUGGUGGUCAAUGAUCCGGCCCUCGACUCCGCCCUCCCACUUUAUCUCAUUGUCACCUCAUUAGUUCUUUCCAACAAGACCUUUGAUGACCAAUCUUACACCCUCAAGACUUGGGUCAAUAUCUGUAAUGGCAUCAUGACCCCCAUGCAAACUCCCAUCAAGAUUGACUUUCAAUUGUUGAAGAGCUUGGAGAUCUACUUUAUGAAUUGUUUGGACUACAAGCUCUCAUUCAAGGCCAUGGAUCAAGAUGUCUCGUUCUGGAAUAUGUUGAAGAAUGCUGGUCAUUCUGUAGAAUGGACGGAAACUUUAAAAUUCGCCGUUACGGUUAAGAAUAGAUGCGAUGAUAAGUUUGCGGAAUUUUCUGAUCUGGUGGUGGUACCGGCACUCGCACCCGCACCCGCACCCGCACCUGUUUCUGUUCCUACAACUGUAUCAGGCCCAGUCUGUGGUGGGAUCGUCUACUGUUCGACUCCAUCUUACACUUCUACACAACUCAUUUCUCCAACCAUUACUCCAAUUGCAUCUACAUCGGCUAGUGUUGCUACGUCAGUUGUGACUACUGCUACUGCUGCUGCUGCUGCUGCCCACUUUUACUCACCACUCACCCCAAUCACUCCCUGCUACCAACCUUUACCCAAACGUAGAAGAGUUAACCCUGCUGCUGACAUCUUCUCCUCGACACCAACAUCCCUCCCACCAGCAGACUACCCCAUCGUCUCGAAGCCACGUCUCACGGGAACCACCACCAGCAGCAACCUCCUUCACCUUGUGCCCACGCCUCAACAUGGCCUGUUUUACAACUACCCCCCACAAUGCCCGCACGUCCAGAGUUACCCAAUGGCUCAAAUCCCUCAUUCAUACAAAUUUACAUUUUGAGCCUAAUGGAAUUUCUGCACACAGGACGGGCCCGGAAUUGACUUUUUGAUAAAAGUCUAAAUUAUCCACCGGUCGCAUAAAAAAUAUUUCUUUUUUUUUUGCAUUUUUUUUGCUUCCCUUUACGACUUGACGACAACUUGCAUGAAGCAUAAAUAAAGAAUUUUUAUUUUUGCCUUUUCAAUUUUUUUUUUUUUUUUCCUUUUGGCUUCCCACCACCAAGAACGUUUUUUGCUGCAUUGGUAUACCACUAUUGUUGCACGGUGGACGUAUAUAGAGUAUAGUAAUUAUACGGUAGACUAGAGAUUUGAUGUGU